GACCUCAGGCAACCCUUCGUACCGUCAACGUCAAUCUGUGAAUCUGCCCACUCAUCACUCAUCUACACCGCAUCCGGUGUCAGCAAACGAGCAAACACUGAGGAGAAUAACAGGGAGGAGGGUGAAAAAAUUGUUCGCACGCACAUAGACAGUUCCAUCCGGCUUCACCCACGCAAAAGAAUAGAACACGUGAGAUAUCAAUCCCAACUUCAAAGAACUUGGAGGCUCAUUCUUAUAGAUCCUCCAGUUGGGAUAAUACACGCCAUUGGCACUACAGUACCACCAACAUCUCACCAAUUAGUUAUCACCACCGCCGAGGGCCGUGCAGCACACGAAAGGGGGUAAGAAAAUUGAAGGAAGGAUGGAGGGGAAGGGAAAGGAGUCAUUGCUGGUAAAAGGAAGAAUUCUAGAUCAAGAAGCUCACUCACUAUAUCCGCAGAGGUUCCGGAUGCGAAUGAUGAUGUAGGUUCCCUGUGAAAUGAUCCUUGAGAGCGUUGAAGUGAGGAUGCGAGUACCAAUUUACCGGGGGUGGGGCUUGCGGACUGAACGGGUGGGACAUUAUUACGGGAAGGGUAGAGAGGGGGAUUGAGGCUCAAGCUGUAAACAAACUGUCGUACCGCAAGUUUCGAGGGAGGAGAAGGGAUGACCGGCGUCCAACAAAAGUAAACCCAACAGAAGCAGAAGUGAAAGGAGAAGGAGAAGGAGGAGAAGGAGGAGAGGAGAGGAAUUCAAGUGGAGCAGACAAACCCUGAGAUACCAACCCUAAGGGUAGCGAAAAAAAGGAGGGUAAAAAGGCUGGGAGAAAGCGAGUUAUAUAUACACCGCACGUAAAAACACCGCAAUUCCCCUUCCCUUUGGGCAAUAUUGGGGCUGACUCGGGCUGGCGAGACUGACCAGAGGGUCUCAGUGUGAUCCCGUGGGUUGGCCAGUAUGUAACUAACUAGCACGAGUACACAGGGUGCGCACGGUACGGUAGAAAGUAGCAACACUACCGGCACGGGGGGGCCUCCCGCCUCAAUGCCCGCACAAAUGCAAACACGAGAAACCAUCAUACUACGGGGAGGCCCGGUAGUGAGCGGUGCAUGUGAAAUAAAAGGAUAUCUUUGGCUUCCAUGACAUUAUUACACAUUCAGUAUAGACAUUCCAAUGCGGAUAUAUCCAGACCAUAGGCAGGGCAGCGGGCCACCGUCGAAUGGCACGAUAGGUCAGCCACUGUACUGCAGUGCGUGUAACUGGAUUCUGAGCGUAAAAAGGCAGUAACAGCACAAUCUCACCCUACCGCCCAUCCUCCCUCUUCCGCUAGUCAGGCUUCAAAGGUAACUAGCUGUCCCCAUUCAAGUCUCCCAAGUGCUAUUCCUCGCACCCUCUCAGCACUCCUGUCGAGCGACGCUCCCCGGCGUCUCGCCACUCGAAUCAUGGUUUGCAUAUGAGGGGAGGAGCCGGCAUAAGGGUCACCACCUCGCCCUAGGAUUGACGAACAAAAACGUGUUCC